AUGAACAACGUUAAGAACACCAGCGCCAGUGCCGUUCGCGCCGGCACCAUAUCCCCCAUCCAAACCACCAUGGCCAACCGCAGCGCGCUCUGCCGGGACGAAACAUCCCCGGUGGCCGCCAGCACGCCGUCGUCUGCAUCAAGCAAGUCGGGGUCAAGCGGCAGCGUGUUCUCUGAGCCCAGCUCCGCAACCACCCUCUUCGUCAAUGAUAUUCUCUACACUCGCCAAGAGCUGCGCGCCAUGGCCGAGGAGCUGGACCUUGCCCAGCGCUCCGGCGAGUUCCCCAGCACCAAGUACCUCAAUGCCAACUCCAACGUCACUGUCGAUGACUACAAGAAGCUCAUUGAGAUGCGCGGUGCCGCUUGCAAGGCCGAGCGUGACGUUCUAUUCGUCGCUCUGACGCGUGACCUUCGGGAACGCGACGAGGAGAUGGACGAUAAGCUCGAGAGGCAGCGUGCGCUCAAGCAUGUCAACUCUUGCAUCAAGUCCGUCCAAGAAGAAGAGCGUCUAUAUCGCAUCAUGCAGACCGCGCUUACCCAUAACACUCAUGCCGUCACCAAAAGCGACCUUCAGGAACUUCUUGUGUCUAGCAUGGCCAACAAGCGUGACCUCGCCGAGAUAGCAAGCAAGAAUGACCUAUUGGAGAUUGCAAAUAGGCUCUCCAGGCUAUCUAGCAAGAAUGACCUAUCACAGAUCAGGCAUGACUUGAUGGCUGCUAUGAGGGACAACUCAGUCCGUGAAUUCGAGCUAGUCGAGGCUCGUCUUGACUUGGUCAGCCGGCAAAUCGAAGCUGUUCAUGACAUUACAGAGCAGCAAAUUGGAGCAUUGAACAAGCAGCUUGCACAAAUGGCAACACUCUUUGCAUCUCUUCCUGUCACAGUCACAAACAUGAUGCAAACAAUGGUAGAACACAAGCAACUCGAACAGCAACAACUCCUCCAACCUCACACUAUUCCCAUCGCACAAGCUUCAGCCCCUUCCAGCACCUUGACAGCGAAGCCUCAGCACUUUACAGAUUCCCAACGAAUCGUCAACUUGCCAACACAGCAACCUACUGCGUCUAAAUGGCACAGGUCAGUCAGCCAGAGUCUCAAACGCGGGCUUGACAAGAUAUCACGGAGGAGAAACACAGCAGUCCAAAAGACCAUCGCAGUCUCACUGACAUAA